AUGUUUUUCAAGGAAGUGUAUUUAGAGCAGCCACACCUUUGGCACUGGGAGCCGCGGAGCAGGGCAGUCCCACAGCGCCUUGUGCGGGGGACGCAGGCAGGAAACGGGCCAUCGUCACAAACAAACUGCAUCUGCCCUUGUGGUAUUGGCUGCCCUGACCCUGGCAUCGACAAGUGCAGGCUGCAGCGGAGGAAACUGAGGAGAGCGUCUGAGGAUAAAGCAAACAACAAGACAGGGGAGGAAAGUCGCGGGUAUGCAGAACUGCUGGCUGCUGCAAAGAAGGUUGACUCUGUUCCUGUGGCCAUUUGCAGUGAGAAGGAGGUCUGGGCUGAAUACAGCGUCUCCACAGACACCAUCACUCUCUUCAGAAAGGCUGAUAACCACCAAGAAAACCUUGUUGUUGCUGAAGCCAAAAAGCUAGACACAGAUGGGCUUGUGAACUUUAUCAUAGUCAACGAGGUCCGCUACAUUACGGAGUAUGACCAAGUGACAGCAGUGGGUCUGUUUCACUCUGAGGUGAAGACACACCUGUUACUGUUUGCCAACAGAACCAGUAAAGACUAUUAUGAGCUGAAGGAGAAACUGGGAGCUCUAGCUCCAGAGUUCACAGGAAAGCUCUUGUUUGUUCUGAUCAACGGAGCGCUAAAGUCCAACUCCCGCUCACUUGGAUACUUUGGUCUGAAGUCCAAAGACCUCCCACGAGUUGGCAUCUAUGAUGGUGACUCGGAUAUGAAAUGGCUGCUUCCAGAGGGAGACAUCACAGUGGAGAGAGUGCGAGACUUCUGCAAGUCAUUCCUUCAAGGCGAGCUCAAGGACGUGAAGCAGGCUGGAGAAACAAAAGCAAAGACUGAACUUUAA